AUGACAAACCCGAGGGACGAUCGUUUGUUCUCAACCCUUUCAAAGGCCCGCAAAAGCCCUCCUGGAGGGGAUUCUCAAAAUAGUGCGUUUCCAACCUCACCCUCUUCAGUUCCCAACUAUCCUUCAUAUUCCCAGCAACGUUCAUCUCCUGGAAAAAGUGAUCAUAGCUCCUCGAGCUAUGGUCAGUGGCCUACUACGGUAACAGUUGCCCCACAGCACUCCAGUUAUUAUGAACACUAUGACCGAUACCCUCAAGCCCAACAAUACCCAACUUAUCCUUCGCGCAGUUCCCCGACGAUCCCGGUCGAUUCCCACGGCUCUCGCAAGCUCCCUCCAUUAAACAUGCCCGACAGAUAUCAGGGCACUUACGGCGCAGUGGCACCUCAUGUCUCUAACUAUGGUGAUAUUCGCUCCCCGACCGCAACUUACCCAACCGAGUAUGCUCCUUACCCAAGUCAGACAUCCUACUCGUAUCCCCCCGUUCCCGAUCCACGUCAUCAUUCAAGUCAACUCCCAUCGAUGCAUCAUUCCCAGCAGAUGUCCAUCGGCAUGUACCCACCAUCCGAACGAGGCAUGCCUACCCAAGUCGAGGCCCAUGGUCCUUCUCCAUAUGCCCGAGGGCCAAUCACAAACUCUGCGCUAACACAAGAGCCUGCUCAAAUGAUGGUCAAUGAGGAACCUGUCAUCAAGAAAAAGCGUAAGAGAGCUGACGCCGCUCAGCUGAAAGUCCUGAAUGAGACUUACGCUCGCACUGCGUUUCCUUCCACCGAAGAACGCGCAGAGCUCGCAAAGAAACUAGACAUGUCAGCCAGGAGCGUGCAGAUCUGGUUCCAAAACAAGCGGCAGUCAAUGAGGCAGACUACCCGCCAGUCGUCGACAUCAGUGUCGACGCCCCAUCAACCAUUUAACAUGUCCUCUCAGACAGACGAAGUAUCGCAUACUUCAUUCGGUGGGAACAGCAUCAGCCCCACGUCUGUUUCACAUUCAUCAUACAUUCCGCGAUCGAGUCAGGACGCCCGGUCUGUGGCGCAGGAGAGUCGGUCACCUAUCCCCCAUCGGCGCGAGGAAGAUCCCCGCAAAUGGCAGCAGCAGCCUGGUCGCUACUGA